AUGUCUUCUCCUACGCAAGAACUUGUCGCCAUCGUUGGGUUUGCAUGCCGACUACCUGGACAGAGCAAAAGCCCGCGCAUGCUAUGGGAUCUUCUGGAACGAGGCGGAAUUGCAUCAAACAAUGUUCCCAAGUCUCGAUUCAAUAUUGACGGCCAUUGGGACGGAUCACUCAAACCUCGCACUAUGCGACCUCUAGGUGGUAUGUUCCUGGAAGAUACUGACCCGGCUGACUUCGAUGCAUCGUUUUUCGAAAUUUCGAAAUCCGACGCAAUUUCCAUGGAUCCCAAUCAACGUCAAAUGCUGGAAGUCGUGUUCGAAGGUCUUGAAAACUCCGGUAUCACUCUGGAGAGCCUUGAUGGUGCUCUGGUUGGAUGUUUUGUGGGAUCGUUUGCUUCCGAUUAUGGUGAUAUGCAGGGCAGAGAUCCGGAAGAUCGUCCAUCUAGUAUCACGGUUGGUGUUGGGCGUGCUAUUUUGGCUAACCGACUGAGCCAUUUUCUUAACGUGAAAGGGCCUAGUAUGACCAUCGAUACUGCUUACUCGGGUAGUCUUGUCGGCUUGGAUGUGGCAUGUCGCUAUUUGCAAACAAGAGAAAUGAAUGCAGGUAUCAUUGCAACCAGCAAUCUUUACCUCAAUCCCGAGCAUGUCAUGGACAUUGGUGCAGUCGGUAAUGCCCACUCUCCAAGCGGUCUCUGUCAUACCUUUGAGUCUGCUGACGGCUAUGUCAAGGCCGAAGCCGUCAGUGCGAUCAUAGUGAAGAGACUGUCAGAUGCAAUUCGGGAUGGAGAUCCGAUCAGAGGUGUGAUCCGAGGCUCUUCUACCAACAGCGAUGGCCGCACUCCCGGUAUCGCUAGCCCCAGCGCGGAGGCUCAAGCAGUCGCCAUCCGAGCGGCGUACGCUCGAGCGGGUAUUACUGACUUCAAUGAGACCUCGUAUUUGGAGUGUCACGGAACGGGCACCCAGGCCGGGGAUCCGACGGAGGUAGGCGCCGUCGCGUCGGUGUUUUCAAGCACCAGGUCUCCUGACAAGCCACUCAUAAUUGGCUCGAUCAAAAGCAAUGUUGGGCACGCAGAGCCGGCAGCCGGAAUAUCGGGAGUUAUGAAGGCGGUGAUGGCGAUGGAGAAAGGCAUCAUCCCUGGGAAUCCCACGUUUGAGAACCCCAGCCCCAAAAUCGAUUUCGCUGGCUUCAAAGUCAAAGCUACUCGGACGGCGAUUCCAUGGCCAGCCUGUUCCAUUCGUCGCGCGAGUGUCAACUCCUUCGGUUAUGGAGGCUCGAAUGUACACGUCGUUCUUGAAGAAGCCAAGCUGCUGGAUGGCCCGCGUCAUGUCUCAUCGUAUCUUUCCGAAGAUGAUGAGUUUGACUUGGAGGAUGAGGGUGCCGAGCGACCGUACACAAUUGUCUUCUCCGCUAACGAUGAAGUCUCUUUGCGUGCUAAUAUCAAGGCUCUUUUGGAUCAUUUGAUCAAUCCUCGCGUCAAAAGCCCCGAGCCACCACGUGUUGGCUUCAUUUUCACAGGACAGGGCGCGCAGUGGCCGCAGAUGGGCAAAGAUCUUCUCCAAUUCUUCCCAUGGACACGUUCGAUUCUCGAAGAGCUUGACGAUGUUCUGCAGAGAUUGCCAGAUCCGCCAACAUGGUCUUUUAUCUCCGAAUUGACUGAGCCUCGUAGUGCGGCACGUCUUCGCGAGCCAGAAUUCUCCCAGCCUCUGGUGACGGCUUUACAACUGUGCAUUAUCGACAUUCUCGAGACGUGGGGUGUUAAGCCGCAAAGUGUUGUCGGCCAUUCCUCCGGUGAAAUUGCGGCGGCAUAUGCGGCAGGACUUUUGAGCCGAUCGAAUGCUAUCAUUGCUGCAUUCUAUCGUGGAAGGGCAGCCGUGAACCGCAAAGCUGAGGCUGAAGGAAAUGUUGGAAUGCUUGCUGUUGGACUAGGCGUCGAGCCUCUGAAUCCGUACUUGACUAAGUAUGGAUUGGAUGCCUGGAUUGCCUGUUUCAACAGCCCCAGCAGCUUGACAGUUUCCGGUAGAAUCGCGGCUCUCGGGUCAUUGAAAAGUGACAUUCAAGCUGAUGGGCACUUUGCUAGAUUGUUGCAAGUGGAUCUGGCUUAUCAUUCGGGGCUGAUGAGCACGAUUGGCGAGGAGUACGAGAAUUUGUUGCAGCACAACUUUGUCUCUUCAAAUGGCUCUGCGGAUGUCUGGAUGUUCUCCUCCGUGACGGGAACCCAGAAGACCGGUACCACUGAUGCUUUGUAUUGGAAGACAAACAUGAUUUCACCUGUCCGAUUCGCAGAAGCUACACAGGCUAUGCUUUCUCAACCAAACGGCCAGACCCCGAAUUAUCUGAUUGAGAUCGGCCCAUCAGGAGCUUUAGCCGGACCUUUGGCUCAAAUAAGAAAAGCUGUGGCAGGUGGUGCAGACAUCGCUUACUCUGCUUCGUGGGCCAGGGGUGAAGCCGCUGGAUCCACUUUGUUCGAUCUCGCUGGCCGACUUUUCAUCGCCGGGCAUCCAUCAAUCAGACUUGACGAGGUCAAUCAAGUAUUUGCCGAGAGCAGGAAUCCCUCAACUAUUGUUGAUCUCCCGAACUACACAUGGAACCACUGA